AACUUCUCGAAAAUUGGGUUCAAUUUCUUCUACGGCCGCCUCCACCUCGAACAGCGCGGACCGAGGAGACCCCCCGGGAAAGAGAGGCCAUGGCUUCCUCUGCCCCGGGGAGAGCAGGAAGAAGGGUGACCUCACCUGCGGCGGCGGCUGUUUUGCUAAUGGUACUUGCUGGGGCGGAGCCGGCGGCGGCGUGCUACCCGCGCUUGUUCAGCUUCGGGGACUCGCUGGCCGACACGGGCAACUUCCCCUUCUACUACGGCAACAACUCCGGCGAGCCCGCGCUCCGGCCGCCCUACGGCGAGACAUUCUUCCGCCGCGCCACCGGGCGCUUCUCCAACGGCCGCCUCAUCCUCGACUUCAUCGCGGACACGAUGGGGCUCCCGUUCGUGCGGCCGUACCUGAGCGGGCGGCGCGCGGAGGACUUCGCGUGCGGGGCCAACUUCGCGGUGGGCGGCGCCACGGCGCUCGGCCCGGACUUCUUCCGCGACAGGGGUUUCAACAUCGGCGACGGGAGGGUGCACCUCGAUUUGGAGAUGAAGUGGUUCCGCAACCUGCUCGACCUCCUCUGCCCCGGCGGCCGCUCCGGUUGCUUAGACAUGAUGAGCCAAUCCCUUUUCUUGGUUGGAGAAAUUGGGGGCAAUGAUUACAACCUACCUCUUCUCUCCAGAGUACCAAUUGAGAAGAUCCGCUCCUUCACACCAAGUGUUGUUGCCAAAAUUUCUUCUACAAUCACCGAAUUGAUUGGGCUAGGAGCGAAGACUCUGGUUGUUCCAGGGAACCUCCCAAUUGGCUGUGUCCCAAGAUAUCUCUCGAUUUUCAGGAGCGAUAACAAAGAAGAUUAUGAGCCAGAGAGUGGUUGUCUCAGGUGGAUGAACGAGUUCUCAGAGUACCACAACAAGCUUCUAGUAGAGGAGCUGGAGAAGCUGCGCAAACUUCAUCCUGGUGUAUCCAUCAUCUACGCUGACUAUUAUGGAGCUGCAAUGGAAAUUUUCCUUUCCCCUGAACGAUUUGGUAUCGAGGAACCUUUGGUGGCUUGCUGCGGUGGAGAAGGAAGCCACGGUGUGUCUCCAGCUGUAGCCUGUGGAUAUGGGGAAUACAAGGUGUGUGAUAACCCAGAUAAAUAUGGUUCAUGGGAUGGUUUCCAUCCAUCGGAAGCUGCAUACAAGGCCAUUGCAAUGGGCCUCCUUCGAGGAACAUACACACAACCGUCAAUUGCUUCCACCACCAGUUCGUGUCCAAAGCUUACUGAGCUAGCCUCCUCUGUUGAAUACAAGAGCCGCGGUACUGUACUGCACUUCACGGCUGUUGCCCAAGUAAUUGGUUGGGUUUUGUUUUACCUUCUUUUUUUAGUCACAGAUUACCAUUGUUCCUCUACUGCUGCUCAAGUUGUGUCUUCUUUGUCGUUUUAGAUUUUAUAUAUAUAGUACUACUAGAGAAGCGUCCUCUCUUCUGUAUAGAGCUAGAGCUAGAGCUCGCCGUUAUGAGGGGAGUAUUUAACAGCUUGCUAUCCUGAUUGGAUGAGUGGUGAACAAUUUGCCACUGUCAGUUAUUCACAUAACCCAUUAUUAUAAGGAAAGGGUACAGAUUCUUUGAUCAUCUUGGCUGGUUCAAUGGAGAUGUUAUCUAUUUCCUCCGUCCCUAAAUUUGUGAGUUUGUUGCAGGUCAAACUAUCCUAUGUGUGACCAAAUUUAUAUAACAAUAAUAUUAACAACAAACUAUCCUAAAUAUAUUAUUAAAUCUAUUUUUUGUAGUUUACUUCUUUGAUGCAGUAGAUGCCAGUACUGUUCUUUAUUUAACGGAUCAAACCUAGGAUAGUUCGACUUAGGUUAGAAUCAGAAAGAAGUACUUGUAUCGAAGUAUGACGUUGCAUUCGUUUCUGUUUCUUAUUUUCUUGUAAGUGACAAGGAAAAAUCUACGCACAGUUGCAAGCUAAUGAUUUUUUGCGAGGCAGCUACGAAGAAAGUUCAGCACCUGACAAUGCCGGGGCGUCCUCCUUUCUCUCCUAAUCGGUUAUUAGUUAUGUUCAUAAUCAGACCCAUCACUAAUAAAAGCAUGCUUGUUUUGCACUAUUCCAAUCCCAUCCAAAGUCCCCCCCCCCCACCC